AUCAAACACUCCUAUAACUAGUUACUUCUCGUCAGAUCUCUAACAUCGUCCUCGCCGCCUGUUUCACACUUUCACCAUACACUCCACCAUCUGCAUGAUAUUAUGCCUGGAUGAAACUGGUAAGAAUCGCGAUUGACGGUACUUCAAACUUUUCCGACUUCUUCAGGCUAAAGAAGCACUCACAGAUUUAGAAGAAUAUUUUCAUUUUUAAACUUUGCAGAGCUAUUAUUUUUUAGGUGAAUGCAAUAGCAAUUUCCGUUACAUGGUUGAGUUGGGCACGCAUGUUAUUUAAUCUUUCUGUUUUUUGUCCAAAGAUUUCAUAGCUUGGAUAGUGGCCAACACUUUGCAGGUAAUAGACAUGGCAGCUUUGCUGAGAAUGAAAGGCGGCAAUGUUUACUCUAAAUGUAAACACAAUCUUACCUUGGUGCUUAAUGCAAAUGGGGAUGAGUCAUUAUGCUGUGCUCAGCUCUUCAAACUGCGCUCAAUGUGUAGUUAUGUUAAAAUUGAUGAUGGCCACAAGAGUUCUCCCAUCAUAAGUAGCACUCAGUCAAAAAUUUCUCCUCCUGAACCUAUACCUAACAGGCCGUUGAGAGAUGACUCUGGAAGACCAUCCUAUGUUCCCCAGGAAAAAUCUCAAUCAAGGCCUUUUAUUAGUGUCGACUGGCCUGAAGGACAAAAUAAAAACCAGAUUCCGCAGGCUAGUGGGGGUGAAGAUUUUCUCCAGAGAUUUCAGCUUGAAUCUGACCAUAAAAAAACUGACCAGGGUCUUCCUCCCAAAGAAGAAAAGACUGACGCUUCUGCUGCCGAGGUGUCCCCUCAACCACUGCAAGACCCAGAUGAGUUAUUUAAGAAAAUGAAAGAAAAUGGCUUGAUUCCAAAUGCUGUAGCAAUGCUGGAUGGGUUGUGCAAGGAUGGGUUGGUCCAAGAGGCCUUGAAGCUCUUUGGAUAUAUGCGUGAAAAGGGUAGCCUUCCAGAAGUAGUGAUAUACACUGCUGUAAUUCAGGCUUUCUGCGAGGCUUAUAAACAUGAUGAGGCUGUGAGCGUCUUCCGUAAAAUGCAAAGCAAUGCCAUAGCUCCUAAUGCCUUCACUUUUAGCGUUCUGAUUCAGGGACUCUGUCAAGGGACGAGAUCAGAAGAAGCAUUUGGGAUCUGUCUUGAAAUGCUCGAGGGAGGACAUUCACCCAACUUAGCAACCUUCAUUGCUUUGGUUGAUGGGUUCUGUAAGGAGAAAGGGCUGGAAGAUGCCAAGAACAUGAUCCAGACCCUGAAGCAGAAGGGUUUUUAUCUUGAUGUGAAAUCUGUUCAGGAGUACCUGCGCAAGAAAGGACCAUCCAUGCCAUUGGUUUGGGAGGCAACCCUGGGCAAGAAACCUCCAACCAUGCCUAAUAUCUUUUAGUUAAUUUCUUGUACCUCACUUCCCAUGGUUUCUCUCACAUUUGUUUUCUUGGUUUACCAGUAUUGGGCUGUAAGCAACUCUAUAGAUCUUGUCUGCAGCCAUAAGGUCAAGAACGUAGCUGAAUUGAUGCUCAUAAAAGUGCUAUUCAUGUUAGAUACUAAAGUUUGCGUAAAUUCAGGAGUAUGUUUUGUAGUGUAUUUGUUAGGGCUUAUAGCUGAUUUGUGAGCUCCAAAAACUGUUCGUCCCGUGGUUUGGUCAUUCUAUGUUACCCUUAUU